UCAUUAGUUCCUCUCUUUGCCUUCUCCGUCACAGAAACCGGGCCCCACUUUCCUUCAGACACCGUUUUCCUCUAUUCCCUGUCGUUUCAUUCUAGAUUCUUUGAGUGCCACCGUCGUUUUUAUAUGUUCAUUAUUCAGUCAACGUGUUCCUUCCAUCAAUUCAAUUCAACUCAACUCUCUCUCGUUCAACAAGAACAAGCAAACCCUAAUUAACUAUAAUCCUCUUCCAUUCCCUAAUUAAUCACCUCAUACUCAGUGAAAUUUUGCUUCUUUUGCAGAACCCAGGUGGUUGCUGCUUCUGGGGUUUUCAAUUUCAAAUUCAAUCUUCACUUGAUAGAGAAAAUGGAAUUGUAAACGUUGAUGGAUGUUUUGUUUUCACCUCAACUGUGUCCUGAAGGUUCUUCUUCUUCUUCUUCCGACACUGACCCUUUGUUAAUGGCGCGACCAACUCACCAUGUGAUUGACAUAACCCCCAAUUCUCAAGCUUCUACUUCUGCUGCUGAUUCCUCUGUUGCCCAUGAUUUUGGUGGUUCUAGAUUGGUUGUUUCUUCUUCUGGGCCUUCAAAUGGGUCCAAUUCUAGGAUGAGAGUGAGGCAUGGAGAACAAAGGACGAUUAGGAGUCCGUUGAAUUCAGGGCUUUGGGUAUCGCUUGAGGCUGCCUUGACACUCAGCCAGAUUGUUGCUUCUGUUGUUGUUUUGUCGUUGUCGAGGCAUGAGCAUACGCGUGCUCCGUUGUUUGCUUGGAUUGUGGGUUAUGCUUCAGGGUGUGUUGCUACCCUUCCUCUACUUUUGUGGCGCUAUUGUUAUAAUAACUGUGUAAGGGAGCUGGAUUCAUCUCAAGCUUCUCCUAGGAUUCAUGAUACUUCAGGGACACUUCUUUCCAGUUCAAGGACAGAUGGAGGAGAAGAGGAUUGGUCUGCUGCUGCUGCAGCAUCCCACAGAAGCAACCUAGCUUCGUGGCUGAUGAAUCCGAGGCUGAAGCUACUUAUGGAAUACUUCAAAAUUUCGGUAGAUUGCUUUUUUGCAAUAUGGUUUGUUGUUGGAAAUGUAUGGAUCUUUGGGGGACAUUCAUCUGCUAGUGAAGCUCCAAACAUGUACAGGUUAUGUGUAGUGUUUCUUACUUUAAGCUGUAUCGGUUAUGCUAUGCCAUUCAUUCUAUGUGCAACAAUCUGCUGCUGUCUUCCUUGUUUAGUUUCCGUCCUUGGGAUUAGAGAGGUUCUGACAGAAACCCAUGGUGCAACCUCUGAAACCAUUAAUGCUUUACCAACUUACAAGUUCAAAAUGAAGAAAAAGAAAACCACGGAUGAAAGCAACUCAGCUGUUAGUGAAGGUGGAAUUGUGGCUAAAGGAACUGAAAAGGAACGAAUGGUCUCUAAAGAAGAUGCAGUUUGCUGCAUCUGCUUGGCGACGUAUGAAAAUAAUGAUGAGCUGAGAGAAUUGCCUUGUUCUCAUUUUUUCCACAAAGACUGUGUAGACAAGUGGUUAAAGAUAAAUGCAUCAUGUCCCCUUUGCAAGAGUGAGAUUGGUGAGAAUGUAACAGGAACAGUCUCUGGAGAACAUGCCACCCAACAAUAGGGUGAUAGGGAGGAUUGAGAUUGGCCUCAUCAUUACCUCAUAUUAAUACACCUUCUACCCGUUUGGAUGAAAACCAAAGAGCAUUUAUUGGAGCUUAUUUAAUGCAUUUUGUAGCAGAUAAGCUCCAAUAAACUCCAAUAAGCCAGUAUCCAAACAGACUCUUUGUAUAGUUUUGUUAAGUCUUUCCUGUGCUGCCCUCUCUCCUCCUUGGAUGGAUUGAUUCUGAGUUCAUUCCUUCCAUUCCAUAAAGUUGGCUGAUAUGUGGCAUAGCCUUCUGUAGUCUCGUUGUUAUGUAGCUGUCUGUUGCUGAGAUUGCAAGUGAAUGGAAAUCAUACUUGUGCAGAGGUUCUUGAUUCUCAUAUCUCACAAAGUUCAAGAAGAACUUCGGUGGGGAAGGAAACAAAAAAAGAGGAAAAGAAAAUGAAUGAUAGAAAUGAGAGUUCUAAAUGUUAAUCUGUGAAGAAUAUUUUGUAGCAAUGAUAAGGUUUGAAUAAUGAUGAUGAUGCUCAUACUGUAAAGGCACUUGUUUGUAUAGAUUAUAUUUAUUCGCUUA